UUCAUUCAUUUAGCAGCCGCAGCCGUUUCACCUUCGCCCAGGCACCGCGGCGAUACCUUACGACAAAUAUUUUGUUUGUUUGCUAUCGAAAUUGUGGGGAGAGAUCGGCUUUUUUUUGCCUCGGCAGCGUCCCCUAUUCAGUGGACAGAAUCGCGCGGCUCGUGAGCGUUUUGCUGACUCGAGAUCGAAUUUUUUCACCACUAGUAAAAUUGCGGGCCAAGAAUUUUAAACGAUACGACAGAACGUGAUUAUUUGAGAGCAGCACACCGUUUGGCGUUGCGUUGUGGCGUGGAAAAGUAGUGGAGAAAAAAAAGUAAAACAGAACAUACCAGCGCCAUGUCAACGCUGCCAGAUGCUGCUUCUAGAAUGUGACAUUCCAGCAGCGAAAAAUUAAGGCGUCCAAAGAACCUAGAGCGCCGAUGUGGUCAAGCGGAUAGGCUGGCGCGAGUCUGGAUUUGGAAUGCCAGGCGUACUGGGUUCGAUUCUCGGUAUCAACAAGAAAACUUCUGGGUUCAAAUCCUGUAAGUGGCCGACAGAAAGAACCAUGUUGCUGCCAGAACUGAAUUUGCCGAUGGAUUGGAUAUGCAUCAUUUCGUUCGGUGUGUAAACCAGGAGAUUAAAUGUUGGAGAAAGCUAGUUGAACAGCAGUAGAAAUAAAAAAAAACUAUGUGUACUUCAUCCAACGACCGGUUGAGAUAGAGUAGAAAGAGAUCAGAGCAGAUCCGUUUAAACGGAGAAGGAUUGGUUGCUGGAUGCUGCAAGUGAAGUAAACUGAAGUGCGGGUGCCAGGGAUUAUAACUCUGGGUAGAUGUUCGUUCGGAUCGGAAUUUACCACCGGAAGCAGUAGCGGCAGUCGGAUUAGUCCGGAAGUGUGUUGCACGGACAAUUUUGGGGCCGGUUGAAGUUGUUGUUGUUGUUGUUGCUAGUAUUGUUGAUACUGUUCGUCCGGCAUUAUGACUACCAGGGGGAUUAGGCGAAAAAAGUCGUACUUGGCCGAGAUAAAGGUAGCCGUUAUUGGAGCACCUGGUGUGGGCAAGAGUGCACUGACAGUCCGAUUUUUGACCAAACGGUACAUCGGCGAAUACGACCAUCAGGCAGAAAACCGGCACAAGUAUGAGAUUAUGAUUGACGGUGAGGCGGUCUUGUGCGAAAUUUGGGACACUUGUCCGAAGAUUGAAGAAAAUGCGGACUGCAUCCAGACGGCCCUGGCCGAUGCCAUCCAGUGGGCUGACGGGCUGCUGCUCGUCUAUUCGAUUACAAACCGAGAUUCGUUUAACUACAUCCGGAAGGCCAAAGAGGACCUCCCCAGUGACAGUAUGCCAGUGGCCCUCGUCGGAAACAAGGUGGACAUGGUCCAUCUGCGGCAGGUUUGCACCGACGAGGGCGAAAUCCUGGCCAAGGACUUCGAGUGUAAGUUUUUCGAGAUCUCGGCUGCGGAACACGUGUACCAGGUGGCGGAAGCAUUCCAUGAUCUGUGCCGGGAAGUUAUCGCGGCCAAGCGGAAGUCCAAGCAGAGCUUCAUCGACAAAAUCGACCGGAUGCUGAGCGGCUCCCGGACCUACAAUCGUGGAAAAAGUGAUAGUAUUUCACCGAAGGAUUAGAGGGUCCCACACUGUUCUGGUGCUUUACCUUUAUACGUUUUUAUUUUUAUUUCUUUGUUUUUGCGCCAUUUCCAUUGUUUCCGUUUCCCAGUGAGCGGAAACGGACUUUAAAAUAUGCUUCCAAAUUGUGACGCGCGUGAGGUAUUAAUUGAACAUUGAGUUUUAUGUGUAUUUGUUUAUCGAUUUGCGUAUAGCGCAAACAGGUGUUGUUUUCGUUUGGCACGCGCCGUAGAUUUAAUUUAUGUGAAUUUAUUUAAUGGUAGACAAAUAUUAGCUAAAGAAAGAUAGCACAAAAGGGUGCAACGGCGUAUCAAAUGAAAUAAAACAUGACGCUUGCGGAAUUUGUUAAAUUUUUUGCAUUAUUUAUUGAGGCGUGAACACUUUCCAGUUUCAGCAAAUUUCAUUUGAAAACUAUAGAGAAUGAUAUCAGGUCCUUGUUGUUCCAAAAUUUGUACAGAGACCUGUGUAUAGAUCCAUAUCUUUUCCAGUAAAAACUAUCACAAAU